AUUUCAAAUUUGUUGGAUUCAGGUUGCUAAGCACUAUAAUGCGGUGUCUGUGAAAUCAGAAUUCAGUGCAAAGGGCUAGGUUUGAUCUCGGGUACUUAAACUAGCACCACAGAACCACAAGAUGUGCCAGAACUUUCUCGAGUACCAGACAUACACGUUCUCCGUCAUGUCUUGUUUAGCUGUGCUUUUCCUAGCUCUUAUGAUUUGGUUCAAUGCACUAAAUACGUUAGCAUUGACGUUGAAUCCGCUCAAUGGUAAACAUCUCCGAACCAUCUGGCCGCGCUGGAGUGGUAAUCCAAAAGGAUUGUCAGGCCCCCUUAAAGGAGGCGUGGUGCUCGAAUACCUGGCAGCUCGUUUUAAUUUCACGUACGAGAUGGUCAGAGUAGCCGAAAACCGUUUGGAGCCCCCAGAAAAGGGGAAAGGACUUUUCAGCUACUUGUGGGAUGAACAAUGUGAUUUGCUACUGCAAGAUGUACAGCCAACAUUUCGGCGUCUGCAGGUUGUCGACAUGACGCUGCCUUGGAAUUAUGACUACUUUUCUUUUCUUAUUCCUGUUCACGACGAGGCCGCUAAUAUAGACGCAGUUAUCAAACCUUUUCAAUGGCCGGUAUGGAUUGGCCUUGGAAUUUCCUCGGUUAUUGUCAUCGUCAUUCUGUUUUUGAUUCAACGUCAUCUGGAUGACCGAGACGGUUUGGAAAGGGAUUCGACAUCAAACAACGGAAAAAAUGCUGAUUCUACUAGAGGACACGGACAGCCAGGAAGCCAGUACCUCUACGUACUGGGCAAUUUGCUGUCACAAAGCGGUCCUUGCACUUCGAGACGUUUAUCAUUUCGCCUCGUAGCCGGCGUAUGGACCUUGGCGGCUUUUAUUUUCGUCCAAGGCUACAACUCGACGCUCUUCACUUACGUUGUGGCUCCAGUGAAUCAACCGCUAAUCAACUCCGUUUACGACAUUGCUGAAAGUUCUGACAUCGUUCUACUUGUCAAAAAAGCGGGGACAAUCGACACUUUGAUUUCGAAUUCGAACGCUACAGGUCUAUAUUCAAAACUGCGUGAUAGGGUCAACUCGUUCCCCCAUUCCCGAUGUACGCUGGUAGCAGACUGUAUCCGACUGGUUAACCCCGGAUCAAGAAAAGUUUUCAUUGACGCGAAUAUCUAUCACCUAGACGCAAUCAUAGAAGAUUUUCAGAGUACAAAGAAAUGUAAUUUGCAAUUGGCUAGGGAUGGUUUCAUCAGCAUCAUUACGACCUUUGCCCUUCCCAAAGGCAGUCCCUUCACCAAAACUAUUAGCCAAGGUCUAUUGGAGCUCCAUCAAACUGGCUUAAUCGACUACUGGGAUAUAUGGUUCCGGCCAAUGCCUGGUCAAUGCAUCGAAAACAUUAAAAGUGGAUACUCGAUGCCCAAGAACAAACAUCCACCUCUAUCGCUCAAGAACUUGACUGGUGCUUUCCUCGUCCUUUUAAUUGGAUUGUGCCUAUCCUUUUUAGCUUUUCUUGGCGAAAAAGUAUUUUUUAUGACUGAACGCCGUCACCAACACCGCAGUAGAAGAUUACAAAAAAUAACAGCUCACGUCACUGAGUCAUCACGCAAAACAGCACAAGAAUAAACGUAGAGGUUCGAGCGAGUGUAGAUACAUGGCUCUGAACCAAACAGCCGCUGUCGGUCACAGAUGACUGUUGCCAUCGUCUGCAAUCGAUAUUAACAUUAGAGAAGUUUCAGUUUUCCACGCUGUCACCUCAAGAACAAUAUAACUGCUUCACUUCAUAUAUUUCUCGCAAAAAAACUACAGCUAACUCAUAUUGCAUGUAUUGCUUUUCCACUCGAAUAUCCUAACUAACAGACUUGGAGCGCUAAACAGCCUCCUGGAACAUUUUCACUAUUCUGCUUCGUUGUUCAAAGAUUAAAAAUAAACCAAAAGCAUUAAA